UCAAAUUUAUGCACCCGUUCGGUAUCAUCCCGUGCGAGCGCGUCCGUGUGCCGCGUACUGACAAGGGGGACAACCAAAAAAAAAAAGUACAACAAAAACACACAGUGACAACAACAGUAGCAACAACAGCAACAAAAACCAUCUCACACACGCACACCCCCACCCUCCACCUCGUGCCGUUUUUGUUCGCCCGGAGGCCAACGGUUUGAAAACGGUAUCGUCUCGUGUGAAACUGGGAAAACUACUUACAUAGUGUUGUUAAUAUUGUGUGUGUGUGAGUGUGUAUGUGCGUUUUUCUGUGAGAACGUGUUUGUAAGAGUGUUUCGAUGCGUGUGUUGUAUGUGCUUCAAGGUGUUUGUGCUGUGUGCGUGUGGGUAUAAAGUGAUGGCAAAGUGCGUACGGUGAAGCCUUCGUUUUCGCGUGUACACAAAUGGCACUACUCCAAAGUUCGAUCGUUACUACGACAGAAGCAGAGGCAACAGCAGCGUAGUGGUGGUGGCCGUAGUAGGCGACUUAGCGGCUAGUGUGUAUGCACAAUUGGUCACACAAUUGCAUUGUAAUUGCUGCCGUACGCGUCUCGUAGUUUACGCCGUGCAAGGAAAAGUGUCAUUUAAGUCAUUGAAUAUUUUGCGUCUACUGGUUGCAGCUUGAAAGCAUUUUACCACGCAGCAUCCGCUUCGUCGAAUCCCAUGCCAAAGUGAUAAACCCGGAAAGCCCGAUAGCUCCUGACGUAAACGUUUUUCACUGCUUUUGGGCGGAGCUUGGCGACAGUGAAUGUUGUGGUCGGGUGCAGGAGCCGGCCGAGUGUUUUGUAAAGUGUCGUUUGUUGCGCUGCCCCGGCUAGGAAGAUGAAGCGACAUCGUUAGCAUCAUGAAAGGUGGUACCACCAUCUGCUUACAGACGAUUGGAGUUUAGCAUCACUUCGAAAAAGUUUGUCCCCAUUCCGAUCUUCCUGCUGGCCUGGGAUGGAAUGUUACACAUUUGAUGGUCGUUGUCGUUGUCCCUGGAGCGCCGCCGCCACCAGCCACGACCGGAGCGCAGACAACGGUCCCGUCCGACGGCAACAUGCGGGAAAAGAUUCCUAAAGUGCCCACCGGCUGCAACUAGCCCACGCUGGCAUUCCAACACAGCAGCAGCAGCAGCAGCAGCAGCAGCAGCAAGUAAAACACGGCCUCUCAUCCCAUCCAACUCUGGGCCUCGAAAAAGAGCAAAAACAUUCACACGCCAAGCCCCAACACAACCACGCAGUCAGCAAAUUCGCACGCGUUCGAUGAGCGGCGGACAGAUGCAGACGGCGGUGGGGUGAUGAAAGUGAUUAAUCACCGGCGAGUGCCAAAAGCGGAGGUGCUUCGCGGACGGGACGUGGACGCAUCCACGGCGUAAGAAUCACAACGGACACUUGAAGGUUUUUCGGUUUCGUUACUGCGUUUUGAGGUUGAAGGUGUUUUUUUCUUCUUCUGGUUUUUGGACGAAGCCGAAUAGCAGUGUGAGUGGGCGUGAGUGUGUGCAAGGAAGGAAAUAUUACAAGCCCUAAGGGGAGUGGAAAGUACCAUCAUUGUAGCCAGUACUCGAAGGACGUACUCAAUAGCUUGCGGGUAAUUGGUAGCUUCGGGGAAGUUUUCAGAGCUCCAACGCCUAAAGUACUAACGCCGAGGCACUUGUGACGAUUAAAUGUUUUCGUAGAAUUGUGUAAGAGAGAGAGAGAGAGAGAGUGUCACUGCGUGUGUGUGUGCGAGGGAGGCAAUUGAAGAAGUCUGAAUAGUGUAGGUCGCAAUCGGAGUGUAUAUGUGUGUGUGACUUCCGGUUAACUGGAAGCUUCCGAAGGAGUGGAAAGCUUUGCCGAAAAAAGUUCAGAAUUUUGUUGGUGGUCGCAACAGCGUACCUCUUCCUUCAUAUCCUUCAUAUCCAACAGUGAGAGUGUGUGUGAAACCAAGGCCUUCGGGAGGUUUCCGUCCCGACCACCCAGCCAGCCCACCCCAACACUCGCCGGCAGGUAGUUUGCGCACUUGGAGGAUCAUUGAAAAAUUCCACCGAAUAGUAUGGCUUCGGUCGCCGCUUGGUUGCCAUUCGCACGGGCGGCGGCCAUCGGCUGGGUGCCGAUCGCGUCCCAUCCGCUGCCGGCCCCGCCCGUCUUCAAGGACCGGCUGCGGUCGGAGGACGAGAAGCUCAUCAUCAACGUGUCCGGCCGGCGGUUCGAAACCUGGCGCACGACCGUCGAGAAGUACCCGGACACACUGCUCGGCUCGAACGAGCGCGACUUCUUCUACGAUGAGGACAGCAAGGAGUACUUCUUCGACCGCGAUCCGGACAUCUUCCGCCACAUCCUCAACUACUAUCGCACCGGCAAGCUGCACUACCCGCGGCACGAGUGUCUGCUCAGCUACGACGAGGAGCUGGCCUUUUUCGGCAUCAUGCCGGACGUGAUCGGCGACUGCUGCUACGAGGACUACCGCGACCGGAAGCGCGAAAAUGCGGAGCGGCUGAUGGACGACAAGCUGUCGGAGAACAGCGACAACAACCUGCAGCAGCUGACCAACAUCAGACAACGGAUGUGGCGCGCCUUCGAGAAUCCGCAUACUUCCACUGCCGCGCUCGUGUUCUACUACGUCACGGGCUUCUUCAUUGCUGUAUCUGUGAUGGCGAACGUCGUCGAGACGGUGCCGUGCGGGGUGCGGCCGGGCCGUGCCGGCACACUGUCGUGCGGCGAGCGCUACAAAAUCGUCUUCUUCUGUCUGGACACGGCCUGCGUGAUGAUCUUUACCGCCGAGUAUCUGUUGCGAUUGUUCGCCGCCCCGUGCCGGUGCAAGUUCGUGCGCAGCGUGAUGAGCAUCAUCGAUGUGGUCGCCAUCCUGCCGUACUACAUCGGGCUCGGCAUCACGGACAAUGACGACGUGUCCGGGGCGUUCGUGACGCUGCGCGUGUUUCGCGUCUUCCGCAUCUUCAAGUUCUCGCGCCACUCGCAGGGUUUGCGCAUCCUCGGCUACACGCUCAAGUCGUGCGCGUCCGAGCUGGGCUUUCUGGUGUUCUCGCUCGCGAUGGCCAUCAUCAUCUUUGCCACGGUCAUGUUCUACGCGGAGAAGAACGUGGACGGCACCAACUUUACCUCGAUUCCGGCCGCGUUCUGGUACACGAUCGUCACCAUGACCACGCUCGGCUACGGUGACAUGGUGCCGGAAACGAUUGCCGGCAAGAUCGUCGGUGGCGUUUGCUCGCUGAGCGGUGUGCUGGUCAUCGCGCUACCUGUACCUGUAAUCGUGUCCAACUUCAGCCGCAUCUACCACCAGAACCAGCGGGCGGACAAGCGGAAAGCACAGCGGAAAGCACGCCUUGCCCGAAUACGAAUAGCGAAAGCGGGCGCCAGUGCGGCGUUCGCGAGCAAGAAGAAGGCGGCCGAGUCGCGCCUAGCGGCGCAGGAGUCUGGCAUUGAACUGGACGACAACUACAACGACGAAGACAUCUUCGAGCUACAGCACCAUCAUCUGUUGCGAUGCUUGGAGAAGACUACGGACCGGGAGUUUGUCGAGCUAGAGACGCAGUACAACGGGCAGACGAAGCGGCCGGGAUCGCCCUCACCGAUGGCCAGCCCGUCGCACUCGGCCAACACGGCCACCGGAGCUACCGGAUUGCUCCAGUCCUGCUGCGGACGAUGCUGCUCGCAGCGAUAUCAGGAAAACCGGGAGUCUGGAAGGAACUCCUUCGAGGACAUGGGCGACGAAUUGGAAGAGGCUGUUGGAAGCAAUGGGGACUGUGAGCGUACGGGCACCAGUGCAGCCAAGUAAUGAACCAUAAAAUAAUGAUCCCUGAUGGUUGGUUUUCUUUUGAGUUUUAAAAAAACAUCAAGCGUGUGUGUGUGUAUGUGUGUUUUUUACCCCUUUCCCCUUUCGCCUCUUGGUUGUGUGUGUGUGUUUCUUCUCCAUCUUCUCUACUGCAGCUGUGGUUGUUUGAGUGUCUCUUUUUCCAACUCUCUUUUCCGUGUGGGAGUACAUUUUAGUGGAUUCAGUGUAUUUUCUGGGUGUUGAAUAAAAAUGGAAUUUAUUUUUGUGUUUUUUUUAAUGAUUUUGUUUUGUUCUCUGCCUUACUCUGUGCGAUAAGUAUGUGAGUUAAUUGUAUCUAUUUUUUUUAUUUAUGAAAUUAUUUUUCUUCUCUAUUAUUUAAAAUAUUAAUUCUUUUGUUUUUAUUUUUAAUAUCUUACAUUUUAUAUGUUUUUUUUUCUGUUACACUAUUAAAUAAGGUAUAUUUCAUUAUCCGUAGUCAAUUUUUAAUUUUUAUAUGUUUUUUUUUUAUAUUGACAUCCUUUGUCUAUUAUUAAAUGUGGUUUUGUUCUGGCUAGUAAUAUUUAUCUCACUUUAAGUAAUCUCUACGUGUAAGUGUUCAAAAUGUGCCAAAAAUAGUGAAAAUAAGUUCAUAGCCCAUUCGUCAUUCGACAUCCUUACGCAUCAUCGAUUCAUUCUUUAAUGGUGACUGUCACAUACGUUUCUCAAAAACGCUCAAAACAAUGUUUGUUUUAAAGUUAUUUAAAAAAAAGCAAAUUGAUUAAAAAAUAAAAGCCUACAUGAAACAUUCGUCUAAAAGCAGAAGAAUACCGCAAGUAUAGUAUGAAAUGAAAGAAUAAGUAAAAUAAGGUGUUAAGAUAGUGUAGCAAAAAAAAAAAACAAAGUAUAACCAAGAGAGGCUAAAUAAUGUACACAAAAAAGUCUAUGUCAAAUUCAACUCUAGCAUAUUCGCACCGUUUCAAGUCAUUCUGGAAUAUUUUCUAACUUAAAACCAAAUUUCCUACCGAUUGGUGUAAAAAGCUCAUCUUUUUUUUCUUUUUCCUUUCUCUUUCUCUAACCACAUUCAUGUCUUCAUUUUGUAUUGUGUACCAAAACCAUUCGGUCACAAAUUCUUCAAAAUUCGCAAACGACAGUAAUUCGAACCAGCAUGCCUAAUCCUUUGCAAGGUACCGGUGUGCGUGAACUAAAUGGACCAAACCGGGCAGGUUCCUCGUCCCGCCUUACUACGAGCUUCCCUCCCCUACAUCUCCUCUACACAACUCGCCCAGAUCAUUGCCAUAUCACAUACACACCUACAUAUAUCGUGUAUGGUUACGAAAACUAAUAACCGUCUCUUAAUUGCUUUUCUUGCGUACAACGACCGCGAAAUAACAAUGAAACAAAUGAAAACCCAAACAAAAAUCAUGCGAAAAUACCCGAAACCCGAACAUGCAAUCGUGCGUGCAUGUGUGUGUGUGUGUGAGCUGUGACUAAUAAUGAUGAACGUUUCUCAUGUUAGCCAAAUCUGUGAUUGGAUUUUCAGAUACAGAACUACACCUCAGCGAAUCAAUGAUGCCAGGAGGACGAUAUUCCGCUACGGGAAAGGAAGAAAUCAUAAUAAACUGCGCGCACCAGCGUAGAGAAUAUCGUUCUGGGUGACUUUUCUCCCCCGAUGGAAAGUGUGGCGUAACGCAAGAUCGUAACAGUGAAUGACGAGCAUAGCACAAGACCCAUAGGAACUGCGCGCAAACAACAACUGCCCCAAACACAGAAAGGAACGCCACAGCGACGCCGAGGAUCCGGUGAAGAGGGCAGCUUUUCCUUUGUAUCCUGCCUCAUCUUUGGAAUGAAACGGAAAGCGCCAAUAUCACGAAAAGAUGCUGUCCAAUCCAGCAGCGUUCAAAGCAAAAAAAGGAAAACACAGAAAAGUUUAGAAAUUAAUCUUUUAAUGUUAAUUCGAAGUGAUACCACCACCAUGGUCAGAUGCAGGACGUAUCGUGGAUGUCCUGCCAAUGGAUUUUGUUUUUCUCGGAUGGGGUAUGCAAAUGAUCAUUUAAAAAUAAAACAAAAAGAUGCCCACGAUUUGCAAAACAGUUCCGACAAAAAACAAACACUGCUCCAUAGACCCACCGUGCGGGGAGCGUGCGUUGGCUGUACGGAUAGGAAGAAAGGAAGCAAAACCAAGUGUUAGGCAUGACAACCCCAUCUGCUAGGCGACCACUGUAAGCUGUGGCACUACUUUAUCACAAACUACUACGUAAAUGUACAGUGUUACUCUAUUUCGCAACUCUAUCUCUUAUCAGACGAAGAUUAAACACACAGGCUAUUUUAUCGAAGCAAAAAACCACACACAUACACACAUAGUUUAGGCAGGCAGGAUCACAUAGCAAGAGAAUGAGACAGAAAGAGAGAGAGAGCGAGCGAGAAGGAUAGAAACUGUCCUGUGUUUUGGUGGUUAAGCUGCAAAACUGUUACUGUUAUAGCGAAGAUCGUAUCGUAUUUUCGGUUGUUUUUUCUAUUUACUGCUUAAAAAUGGUUACUACCCCGCAUUAUGACCAGUAAGCCCUGGCUUCAUCCCCCUUACUUCGUGAACUGUUACCUGAAAAUAAUCCAACCUGUCCCAGUUUCACCCUUAAUCUUUGUCUCCUUCUCUCUUCCACACCCCCUUUUGAGGCAACAGUAGCAUAGCGAAGUUAGCGAGGGAGCUAUGCAGGAGCAAACGAGGUUAAUGGCAAUGUUCUUCUACUACAACUACUAUUAUCUAUUACUAUUACCGACUAUUACCUAUUAGCUACUUAGGAGAGAAGCGUAGCACAAUGCAUAGUGUGUGGUUUACGCUUACGCGGCGAACAAUUUAGGAUAGCGCGUUCGAUGAAAAGGGAUACUGCGUUACGCUGUUUAACUGUCUCUCGAACUCCGGGGUACGCUACUUCCUGAACUGCCCGGAGUUAGCUGAAAAAAAAAUUUACUCGAAUAAAGGGCAGUACAGAAAGGGAGAACACAUCAUACACACACAAAAACAAUAUAGCUUUAAACGGAUUACCAAAACAAACAAAAGCCCACUCAGAAACCCGAAAAGAUACAUACGAAUAUCCCCAGUCUAAUGAGCCAGCAACAAACUGCAACCAAUGACAGCUGCAGAAUUGCAAUAGAAGAGAACUGAACCAGAUUGGUUUUUGUUUGUUAAGCAAAUCACCACGUUUCCCAGUGCUAGACGUCACAUAUCAAGUGUGAAGAGUUACUGCGGCAGUGACCGCAAUUGAUAGUGGAAGAAAAAGCGUUACUAAAGUAUAAAGACAUGUCGGAAGGAAUUUAAAAACUCAAUGCAAAGGUAAUGCAAUUAUUAAAAGAAGGGGAAACUAGCGAUGAUAACAUGCAAGUAGGUAAUAGUUAAAGAACGCGAGGGGUUAAAGAAUGAAUGCGAAACUGCAUUUAAAUGUUACGAAAAAUUUCUUUGUUCAUUUCUAUCUGUUCUGUUUCGAUGUUUGGUUAUGUUUUAAACAAAAUUAAAAUACAGAAUACCGUUCAACACUAUUGAGUUGAAGUUGGAUUAUUAUUGCAUCAAUCAUCUGAUUUUAUUAUACAAACGUAACAAAGCAAUAAUUUUUCUUUUUGACAAGGAGAAUGAAAAAAAAAACACAUCCAUGUUUUUCUAUCCGACAGCAUUCGAUUUUAACUAUUAGUCCUGCACAUAAUCUGGGCAGGUGGUGGUAGAUGAUGUAAAUAAGAACACCAGUCAGACACAAAGCUAACAAAAUGAACCGUAGAUAUACCAAAGCAUAAACAAAUCUCCUAAAAGGAUGCAUGCACUAGACACUGGGCAGGAAGUUUCUUGCCUGACUUGCGGCAGCCUUUUCCUUUCCUUCGAUCCGUUUCGUUUACACUCGCUUUAUGUCUCUUUACUCGGUCGAAAUCACGAGCCACAAAUUAUCACUGUGCUCGCGUGUGUAUGCGUGUAUCUUUUCCAAUUGCGUAUUUUAACGGUUUCUUUCGCAAAACAUAGAGACAAAACAAAAAACUACACGUUACUGUUAGAAAAGAUAAAGCACCACUCUUUGUUUCGAAUCGUGUAUGCAUUAAACCAAUCUUCCAGCUAGAACUGUGAAUACUACUUUAAUGAAAGGUAACUUAUAAAUAAUCGAGUAACGUGACGUGAUUGUUGUUAAUUGAUAAUAGAGUAAAGGUGCGAAGGACAGGUGAAAGAAAAUAAUUAAACAAAUAAACACACACACACACAUACACAAGCAAACACAUUUUUAGAAUAAAUCAAUGAAAAAAGAAACAAAUACACACAAAGUGUAAUGUGUUGAAGAAACGGAAACAGAACGAAAAUCAAACAAACAAAACGAAAAGUAAAUCACUAGAACGUAAUAAACAAACAACUUACAAUAGCGAGUCAAAGUAAUGCAAAGAAGAAAAAAUGGAAGCUUGUUGUCCGAUAGUAUAAAAGAAAGUGGAAGGAACAGAGAAUAACAGAGGUGGAAAAACGAAAAAACAGCAUAGCGUAAGGAAACAAUUGUAAGGCUAAUAUCAAAUAUUGAUGGAUGUUAUAAACAUUAUUGUAAUACUUUUCAAUACAAAACCAACAAAGAGGAGAAGAAGGAAAAAACCUGCUGCUUAGAAGAAGAAAAAAACGUAAAUAAGAAAUAAAUAGCAUUAAGGUGAGCGUACACGAUGGAAACAAACACAAGCAACCAAACUACAGAAACAUUCAAAUGAUUCUCUCGAUCUUUCGGAAGCUGGGGGAAGAAACUAGCGACAAAAGAAAACUCGGAAACUGUUUCCAUGUUUUUUGGUUCGUUUGUUAAAUUUAAAGCACAUCGCCUCUGUGGCGUAAUUUGUUUGUGUAACGAUCCAGAAUCUGCACAUCAAAAAAUCCUACGAAUACAAAUACGAAUACACAUAAAGAUUCUUCCCCAUGCGCCCUCCAAGCUUGUGCAUCGGAGUACGACGCUCUGUACGUAUGUAUGUGUGUGUGUGUGUGCAUGUGAAUGUUUUCCCUCCUCCACGUAAACGGAUAACCCGUGUUAAAACUCCCAGCAAUCAAACGAUGGGUAGCUGUAAUGAAACGAAACAGUGAAACUUAUGAAGUAAUUGUAAGCCAGCUAAGCGAAGCAUUGAACACAGUCUUGACAGUUGACCUGUAAUCAAUUAUUAAGGUGCAGUGAACGUUAUAAGUACUCUAGUGAAUAGUCAGUGGUUCAACGAGAAACCUCUCAGUAAGCUAGACGACAGGGAUGGUUAAGGACGGAAAAGUACAUGACAAUGUUAAAAAAAAAGCCGAUUCAGAGGCAUCAACUCAUAAUUCUAAACUACAUGCGGGAAGAUGCAGAAAAGAGAGAAAAAGAAAAAAUGAAUACAAAACGACAGAGGAAACCCCUAAAUGAAUGUAACGCAAGAGAAUGUUGUUUUCGUAAAAGCAGAAAGUGUAAGACAUUUAACCAACACGUUCGUAAUGAAACAAAGCAAAAAUACUUUAAUAUGAAACUCACAACACGCUCACACAUCAAGCAACCGGGCAGGAAGAGGAAUAGUCCUUUCAAUCGUCCAAAACGAUGGCAAGGAAAAAGAGAAAAAGGUGAAAUGAUAAAAACAGAUCAUUAGCCCAUGUUUUCAAUGGGUAUGGCAGACAGAAUGGAAGCAAAUCUUAGCAAAAACAAAUCCAAAUCGUAAUAAUGAAUGUAUUAUAUUAAUAUUAUACUGGUGGCGGAAUAAGAGCAAUCCAUACAUCAAUAGCAAAAGCAGCAAAUAGAAAAGAAAAAAAAACAGGACUGAAGGAGAAUGGUAAAAUAUCCCAUGUCGCCAGGGCCAUCUGACGUUCAGGGACAUCGAAGAUCACGGGAACGGAAACGACGACUAGUACAGCAAACGGGAGGGUGGAAAUGAUAAUGGUGUUUGAUAUGUGGGUCUUAAAUGCUUACUACUUCCUGCUGUUGCCACUAUUUCUUGCGCCACUUCUGGAAUAAAGUUCUGGAACUGGAGCGACAGAGGAACUUCCCAAUAUAUUAUGUUUUCAUUCGAUUUUCUCGAGCCCUUUUUCAAUGCAAGCAAGAGGAUUUAGUGUUCUUCUCUCUUUCCAUUAGAACUUUGUAGCAGGGAUCGCCUAUCUUAGCGGUGUGCCAGGAUUGUUAGUCUCCACUGUAUUAGCAAAAGCAAGGGAAAAACAUAAGCAGCAUAGCGUGAACCAAAAGUAACACAAAAUACAACAAUACAAAAUACGUAGAUCGUACCGGUGUGUAGGUUGUAGCUUAGAGAAGAAAAAAAGGACUACAUCACAAUUAAAAAGCAAGCAAUUAGAAUACAAAUCUUUACAAAACAGCAGUAAAUUAGAAAAGAGAGAAAUAGACACGCAAACCAAAAUAGCAAAGAAAUAAUCAAAGCUAAGUCAAGUGUUGUGCAAGACAAUUAAAUGAAUGGUAGUAAUAUUCAACUCAACGAAACAGAAAGAAGAAUGGUGAAACGAAGGCGGAACAAAAUGGAAAACUUUUGAAAGGAUAACAAACUUGGCGACUUGGGCUUCUUUCCUCGUUUCUCUAGCUGUGUUGGUAUUUGGUGUGUUUUUCUUGGUGUGUUGAAAAGCAGCAGCGGUUCGGACUAUCAAUCGUUCUAUGCUCAACGCUUCAAUCAGGAAGGAAAAAACAUGCGUUGGUUUUGUAUCCGUGCGAAGGAUAGAAAAGUAAUUGUUUGCGGCCCAGUUGCGCCGAUUGAUAGUGAUUGAACGUUUUCACACCAUCUUUACUCUACAAACUGUUUGGAGUUUCUUUUUCCAAUGCGCUAGCAAACUACCUAUUGAUUUUGAGUGAAGGCUUGGUCCUUUAGUUGGAUAACAUCGUCCUGUACUUGCAUCAUCAUCGCUUUGCUCCACUCCCGGAUCCAUCCCUUGUGAACGUAAUGCUAGGAAUUCAGAGCAACCGUUCCACCAAACGUUGAACAUUGUGAAAUCCUGGACGCAACAACAAGAAGCAAGCAAAUGCCGUUGCAAAUUCUGCGCCAUACCUGUAGAGGGUUGAACAACAAACGUGAAGAGAAAAAGAAAGCAUAUGAAACAGUAAAAUGAAAACCAAUUCUUAAUGAAUCCAAGCGUAGAUAGAAUGUUUUAAGCGGUAGUAAACAAUAGUGUAAAACGGUAAAACACCCUUAAACCCGCAAACGCAAUGCGAGGCGAACACGGUUCACAAUCACACCCAUUAGUCGGUUAAUCACACAGAACAAACAGAAGAAAACUCCUACACGAAGCAACACACUCCUUCUCCCUGUAUCUCACAAAAAAGGAGAGGAGGUAUGUUUUAGUACAGAAGAAAAAAAAACAAUGGAUACAAAAACCACAGAAAGAAGGAAAAAGCGUUUGAAACAACAAAAAAGGUAAGCAAAUAAAGAAGCAAAAAAAACAAGACAGCAAAGCAAAGUAUGAAAUACCAAUUAGAUUUAAUUACCCUAAAUCUUUUGUAAUAAACGAAAUGAAACCAAAAACUAACGAAACCAUAUUCAAACCGAUAACUGCCGGAUUCAGCAAACAAACAAAAAAAGAAGAAGAAGUAAGUAAGAACGCGUGUAUGAGAGAACUAAACCUAUCCCAUAAGAGCAAACAGCAAAAGCACAUAAAAAUGGAGCGAUAAAAAUGAAUCGAUGACACCGAUGCUGGAUUGAGAGGAUACGUCAUUGUGUUUUCCGCGAUCAGGUGUAGAGUUGGGAUUGACUUGACACCAUCCCAAACACACCAACCAGGAAUGCAACCGGCUUGUGCAAAACGAAUUUACCUUCCAAAACAGAAGAAAACAUCACACAGCUCACGACUUACUUACAUUACCUAUCUUUUGCUGCUAUUUUUUUCUUUCUUUGAAAAUAUAAAACAACGGAUCAACAAAUCAAAAACUUAA